UUAUGUGUGACGUAAUUUAUGCUAUUAUCAACGAUGAUUGAGGCAAAAUUUUAGUACACAGUUAAGUUAUUCGUGAGUGAGACACGGCAUACAUUACGCAAUUUAUUUACAUUACAAAAACCGGUCGACUUCUUGAAAGACAAAAUGGUGAACUGGGGUAUCCUAGGAGCUAUUUUGGCGCCCAACAUGGGCGGUUGGGUGAGCGCGUUCACAAUGAGAGGCCAAGUUAAGAGACCUGACGGUAGGGCCUGGUACCAGACAAUUAAGAAACCUACUUGGACCCCACCUGCUUGGGUGUUCGGACCUGCGUGGACGGUGCUGUAUUCGGGGAUGGGAUACGCGUCCUACCUUGUUUAUGCUGAGUGUGGUGGUUUUACAGAUGAUGCCAUAGUACCGCUAGCGUUGUAUGGCGGACAACUCAUACUCAACUGGACAUGGACGCCUGUGUUCUUCGGCAUGCAUCGCAUUGGACUGGGUCUCCUCCACAUGUUUGUCCUGGACGCGGCAGCGGUAGCCUGCACCAUCAGUUUCUUCAACGUAUCAGCCACGUCAGGCUAUCUAAUGAUACCUUACCUCGCCUGGUUAUCAUUCGCAACCUGCCUUAAUUACUCUAUUUGGAAACUUAAUAAGCCUGUUAAUGAGAAGAAGGUUAAUGGCGACUAAGAAGCAAGCAGGGGCUUGAUUCUGCUAAUUUUAUACAAGCGACAUACAAUUCAUAUCCAAUUGAGAUUCAAUUACGGAUGAAGUAUGAAAUAAGAGUGACAAAAAUACUUAAGUUAAGGCGUAAUUUGGUCUUAUACCAGUAACAGAAUGCCCACUGAGGUUAAAACUGCUAUUGAAAUUCCAUUGAUUUAAAUUGACAAAUUAUUAAAGUAGGUAACAGAUUCAAGCCCCAGAUGAUCAACUAAAUUGCGCAAUAAAAAAAUGCGCUAAAAAUCAUUGCGCAAUCUUCAAUAUUAACUUUUGGUAUUGCGCAAUUUAAUUAAUAGUGUAAGCUGCCUCUAAGUGCAUUUACAAAGGCCUGAUUGCAUUACUAAGGAGCUAGCUAGUCGAUUAAUCGUGGAACGAAACGUAUAUGAUAUUUUCAUGAAUGUAAAUAGCGAUAAUAAUCAUCUAUGAUCGAAUUUUCUGAAGACGUUUACACUUGUCAUUUUCAUUUGUCUCUCUAGAGUAGACGUUGUUCAUGACAACUUAGUAUUUUAAAGCUUGUCAGUAACAAAGAUAUUUGGCCUUUAUUUAGAUUUAUAUAAUAAAAUAAUGAUGUUGCGCAAUCAGGCCUUGUUACAGUAUUAGUUUUUAAGUGAAAGUGAAGAAUAUAUUUUUAAUAGACUACACACAUAAAAUAUUAAUGUUCGAUAUAAAGUUUGAUUACAAAAUGCAUGUUAUAUUUGCAUGAUAGUUUAUAAAAACGAAAAGAACUAUAGACCAAAGAAAACAAUUGAACUAUCAUCACGCAUUCUGAUGUGAAAUACUUAAAACCACGGUAUUUUUGUGGGGAUCGAGCAGUUUCGAAGACAGCCCCACAUAUACGAACGUACUAACUGAUAUUACCUCUUUAUGCAAUUAAUGUAGAAGUACAAAAAACUAGUAUAUAUAGAGCAAGUUAAUUUUAUUUAACAAAUAUACAGAUAUUAUCAU